GUUAUGGCGCUCGCGCCGGAGGCGGUGCUCUACUCCGGCUGCUUGUGGCGGCAGUCAAGGAUCUUCCCCUCUCCGAGCUCCGUGGUAUGUCACAGAAGCAGCAGCAGCAGCAGGAAUCGACGUAGCAGCAGCCGAUUGAGCUCCGCAUUCUCGGCUGGGAGGAGGGAUUGGAGCAGGGGUUUAGGGUUUAAGGGAGAGAGCGCAGCAGCAGUAGCAGCCGCGGCGGCCGUGGAUUCUUCUACUAGCGAGGUAGAAUCGGCGGCGGAAGCGUUGAAGCUCGAGGAAGAAUCGGCCGCGGAAGGUGUAAAGCUCGAGGAAGAAUUGGUGAGAAAGGAAGAGGAAGAUGGAGCUGCUGGGAGUUCUAAGAGAGACGAAGAGGUGGAGUUUGAGAAGGGAUUCAGCAUGAGGAGGGUGUGUGACAGGUUGAUCGAGGUGUUUAUGGUGGACAGGCCCGAUCCAGACGAGUGGAGAAAAUUGCUAGCGUUUAGCCAGGAGUGGAGGAGGAUUCGUCCUUACUUUUACGAGCGAUGCAAGGCGCUGGCAGAGUCCGAGGACGAUCCGAGAAAGAUGGGAAAUCUUUACAAGCUCUCCAGAAAAUUGAAAGAGGUAGAUGACGAGAUGAUAAGGCACGAUGAGCUGCUCGAGGAGAUCGAAGUUAACGAGACGGAGAUAGAUGUCAUUGUUGCCAAGCGUCGGAAGGAUUUCACGAGCGAUUUCUUCAAGCAUCUUCGAGUUUUAUGUGAUGCAAACCAUUCCAACUUAGAUCGGCGAGAAAAACUGGCACAAUUGGCAGCAAGAUGCCUGGCUAGCGUCGAAGAGUAUGACAAAGGUGCUGAGAACAGUGUAGCCUUGGACGCUGCUCGCCGGAAGUUUGAUGACAUCCUGAACUCCUCGUCCCUGCAAGAUGCCUGCAAGAAGAUUGACACCCUCGUCAAGAACAAGCAGUUUGAUCCGACACUGAUGCUGGUGAUCAGCAAAGCUUGGGCUGCUGCAAAAGAAUCACCACUGAUGAAAGAGGAGGUGAAAGACAUCAUGUUUCAUCUGUACAAUGUCGCCAAAGGAAAUAUGCAAAGACUCGUCCCAAAAGAAGUCCGGAUCUUGAAGCAUCUGCUGACGAUUGAAGAUCCUCGAGAGAGACUCGGUGCUCUGGCGCAGGCAUUCUCCCCUGGAGACGAACUUGAGGGGAAAGAUAUUGACCUUUUAUACACGACUCCAAACAGGCUCUACAGGCAGGUGCUGUUCAUUCUCGACGCUUACUACAGUAACAAGGAGAAGACGCUGAUCCAAGAGGCUCAAAAGCUCAUGGAUCCACUCGUGAUCAGCAGGCUCGAAAUUCUCAGAGAUGUGAUCAAAACCGAAUUCCUAUGAGCAAGCUUUUGUAAAGAUUAAUAGAUGUAUUGCAUCCUACUUUUGUGUUC